GCUACUCUGGCAACACUGCCGUCAUCUGUGCUGAACGGAAGUACCAGCGCUGUCACGCGCCGUCAUCAGUUGUCAGAGAAAACAACUUUACCUCUCUCUUUUCCGGCCUUUAUGGUGUUUGUCUGAACACAUUUUUGUUGAGGCACACGGCAAACAACAAAUAACCCGUCAAGAUGGUGAAGGGUAAUCAUAUGAUUUCUAAUGGCCACUUCCAUAAGUACUGGCAGCGGCAUAUUCGCACCUGGUUCAACCAGCCGGCCCGCAAGUACCGCAGAAGGCAGAACCGCAUCAAGAAGGCGAAAUCACUGUUCCCCCGCCCGGCCAAGGGUCCGAUCCGCCCGAUCGUGCACUGCCCGUCGCAACGCUACAACACCAAGAUCCGUGCGGGUCGUGGAUUUACGCUUGCCGAGCUGAAGGGUGCCGGUCUGACGAAGAACUUCGCCCAAACCAUUGGCAUCGCGGUGGAUCCGCGCCGUCAGAACAAAUCGGUCGAAAGCCGCCAGGCUAACGUGCAGCGCCUGAAGGAGUACCGCAGCAAGCUGAUCCUGUUCCCGGUGCACCGCAACAAGAAGCUGCGCAAGGGCGAGGCCACACCGGAGGAGUGCAAGAUGGCCAAGCAGCUGAAGCGCACGGUGAUGCCAAUCCGCAACGCCCGCCCGAAGGUUACGCUGGAACCGAUCACGGAGGCGCAGAAGAAGUUCAGCGCGUUCCAGGCCCUGCACCAGGCGCGUCUCAAUGCACGGUUCUUCGGUGUCCGUGCCAAGAAGGCGAAGGAAGCGACAGAGAACGAGAACAACCAGCCCGGUGACAAGAAGAGCAAGAAGUAAACACUUCCUGCUUCUUUACCCCCGUUCCAUCUAACCACUAUAGCAACAACCGUCACCCGACUGCAACCUCUUCUGUUCUGUGCCGUAGGGCCGGCUGACCACCAUCCAUCAUACGGCACAGUGCACGCGCUUUAAUCGUGUGUGUGUGUUGUGUGUGUGUGCGUGCCCUUGCUUCGGCAAUUGUUACAUUUCGAAGCGGAAAGGAGAGAAAUCAAAUAAAAAGCUAUCCCCUUCUUACUCGUUGAUGAGCGAAUUAAUUGCCGAGGAAGGAGCAAAACAAUAA